AUGACCCUCGGAGCACCCGCCCUGAAGGCUGCUGUUCACUGCCAGCCUGAGGCUCGCACACUGUGGGAGCUGGCCCAGCCCCCUCAGCCACAGGUGCCGCCUGUGGCCCCGGGACCUGUGCAGCAGCCCCAGCUGAACCCCCAUGGCGUGGGUUUGAGGGAGCAGGAUAGCUGUGGCGUCUGGAGCAAGCUGCGUCGGGCAGUCUCCUCUGCUCCCAGCUCCACACCUGACUCAGUGUCCCUAGGCCCAGAAGACUGGGCCAACCCCCAACCGCCCUGGCCUGGGGUUCAGCUCCGGGUAGCCACAGGGGCCUGGGCCCAGGCCGAAGCUGCAGGGGGCGCUGCUGGUGAAGCCAUGUCAGCAGACCAUUGGGAGCCACUGCCCACAAAGGGCAAGCCCCCAUGGUACCUCCUUGCAGAGUUGGCUGAGAGCAGCCCCUCAUCUGGGGAGUCGCCCCCUUCCCAGCCAAGCACUGUCACCCUGGAGGACCUGGGGCUCGUCCUGGUGGAAGGCCUGGCCAGCCCUGAGCCCCUGAGUAUGGAGAUCUUGGAAAAGUAUGAGUCCAGCCCCUUGGCAUCCACCACUUCCGUCCCUGAGCAGGACACCUCCAAGUGCUGGAAGCAGCUGGAGCAGUGGGUGGCUGACCUGCAGGCCGAGGUGGCAUACCUUAGGGGGCAUAAGGAGCGCUGCGAGCACGCCACACUGAGCCUACUGCGGGAGCUGCUGCAGCUACAGGCCCGCGUGCAGCUGCAGGACUCAGAGCUGAAGCAGCUGCAGCAGGCGUCACAGCUGGCAGCCCAGGCCCCCGAGAAGGAAGCACCAGAGAUCCCAAGCUCUCAGAACCAGAAUCAGAUGCAGGCCCUGGACAAAAGGCUGGUGGAGGUCCGGGAGGCCUUGGCCCACAUCCGGAGGAAGCAGGUGCUGCAGGACUCUGAGCGGAAAGGCGCCGAGCAGGAGGUGGAUCUCAGGCUGGCCAAGCUGAGCAGUUUGUUGAGGCAAGAGGAGCAGGGCCGGGAGGCAGCCUGUGGCGCCCUGCAGAAGAGCCAGGAGGACACCAGCCAGAGGGUGGACUGCGAGGUGGCCAGGAUGCAGUCCCAGGUGACCAAGCUUGGUGAGGAGAUGAGCCUCCGCUUCCUCAAGAGGGAAGCCAAGUUAUGUGGUUUCCUGCAGAAGAGCUUCCUGGCCAUCGAGAAGAGGAUGAAAGCCUCAGAGGGCAUGCGGCUGAAGGCGGAGAGCAGCCUGCGGGAGGAGCUGGAGGGCCGGUGGCAGCAGCUGUGGGAGCUGAGCGAGGAGCGCGUGCGAGUCCUGCGGGGACAGCGCGAGCAGGAGGAGGGCCACCUCCUAGAGCAGUGCCGGGUCCUGGACGCGGCCGUGGUCCAGCUGACCAAGUUCGUGAGGCAGAACCAGGCGACACUGAAUCGUGUCCUGCUGGCCGAGCAGAAGGCCCGGGAUGCCAAGGGGCGCCUGGAGGAGAGCCAGGCUGGGGAGUUGGCCUCCUACAUGCAGGAGAACCUGGAAGCCGUGCAGCUGGCAGGCGAGCUGGCCCAGCAGGAGACAAACAAUGCGCUGGAGCUGCUCCAAGAGAAGAGCCAGGCUCUGGAGGUGUCAGUAGCUGAGCUGGUCCGGCAGGUGAAGGACCUGAGCGACCAUUUCCUGGCCCUGAGCUGGAGGCUAGAACUGCAGCAGCAGACGCUGGGCCUGAGGCUGUCUGAGGCGAAGACUGAAUGGGAAGGAGCAGAGAGGAAGUCCCUGGAGGAUAUGUCCCAGUGGCAGAAGGAGGUUGCCGCACACCUGCGGGAGGUAGAGGAGAAGGUGGAUGGCCUCCCCCAGCAGAUAGAAGGUAUCUCUGACAAGUGCAUCCUCCACCAGAGAGACUUGGACCUGAAGAUCUCUGCAGAAGGCAAGGCCAGAGAGUUUGCGGUCAGGGCCGUGCAGCAGGAGCUGGCGACCCUGCUGUUGUCUGUUCAGCUGCUCAAGGAGGACAGCCCCGGGCGGAAGAUCGCUGAGAUACAGGGCAAGCUGGCCACAUUUCAGAGUCAAAUAAUAAAGUUGGAAAACAGCAUCCAGGCCAACAAGACCAUCCAGAACCUCAAGUUUAAUACAGAAACCAAACUGCGCAUGGAGGAGAUUGCAGCCCUGCGGGAGAGCAUGAUGCGCAUGUGCGGCAAGGAUGGCCCCUGGGUGCGCACCUGGAGCAGCAGGAGGGCACUCACAUCCCUAGUGAGGCAGCGGCUCUUUGUCAAGGACACGGCCCCUGGCAGGGUGGUCCCCAUGAACUUCUGGGGCCUGUACCAGGCCGUGAGGUGGCUACAGUGGAAGACGGUCCUCAUGAACCUGGUGGCCCAGCGGAGACCAGGAGCCAUCUCAAAGUCCUGUGUCUGGAAGCCUACACCCCAGUGCACAUCUCUUCCCCUUCCCCAGAAAUAAACGUGCGAGCUCUUGUGCUGUCAGA